AUGGCUGAAGCAAGUUUCUUCAUCAAACACGAAUCUGACGAUCACUCCAACCCUUUCAUGAUGUCGCACUCCGGUUACUCGAUGGGUAACCAGUUCGGCAACCACCCCAACGAUGGCGUGGACCCUUCCGACUUGACCAUGCAGCAGCAGAAUGGCUUCAUGCCUUACUCAUAUGGUUCGCAGCAAAACAUGUCCUCCAGCUUCAACUUUGGAAACUCCGGGAUUGACACAGACGAGCUGCUGGAUUUGGAGAUUAGUGGUGGGCAGAACGGCCAUCAACGUGAUAACAUGAACUAUCUUCAAGACCAAUCCGCCGGUGGCAUCGCUAUGAGUCACCAGAGUCAGAUGUCGCACUUAUACUCAAACACCCCCGACAAUGCUCCGAUGGCCAGCCCUUUCGUCCAGAACAGCUUCAACUAUGAUCAGUACCGGAUGAAUCAACAGAACCCACACAUCCAGAAUGCCAGUUCUUUUGAUCAGACUUACCUCGGAACGAAGCGCCAGAGCUUGCAGGGAAUGGACCGUCCUUCAUCCGACGGCCGCAGCCCAAUGACCCCAAAGACACCCGCACUGGGUUCCUUGACUCUUGGUACCCCCGAGUCUGGCAGCUUCCCUUCCCAACCAAUUCGCACCGGACUACAGGCUCGCCACCAGAAGACCUUGUCUAACCAAUGGGAUGGAACCCCUGGUAGCUCCCAGUCAUACGUCGAGUCUUCCCCUAUCUCUUCUCCUGGCCACCAAUCUCACCGCACGGGCAUCUCUGAGAUUCUCACGUCUGGCAAGCAUGCUUCACUGCCUGCAAAGGUUGACACGCAUCUCCCUGGUGGUGGUGACCUCGAGUCUCAGGAAGCCAAGCGCCGACGCCGCCGUGCCUCUCACAAUCUGGUUGAGCGCCGCCGUCGCGACAACAUCAAUGAGCGGAUCCAAGAUCUGUCUCACCUAGUCCCUCAACACCGAUUGGAAGACGACAAGGUUCGAAAGCAACUCGUGAACAGCAGCGCUCUCUCUAUGGCUGGCGCAGGCGGAAGUGCCGCCACCUCUCUCCUGGCAGGAGGCAACGGCCGCCGCGCAACACCUGGCAACAUUACCAUGGGACUGCCCAUUGAAGAGAAGGAGAAGGGGCCUAACAAGGGUGACAUCCUCAACGGCGCCGUCAGCUGGACCCGUGACCUGAUGUGGGCAAUGCACAUCAAGUACCAGCAAGAAGCGGAACUCGCUGAGUUGAUUUCCAGCCUUGGUGGAACUUGGCCCUUUGAGCAAACCGAAGAAGAAAAGCGCAUGCGCAGCGAGAUCCUUGACGCACUUGAGAAGAACGACCCUACCUCCUUCAGCUACACUCGUGGACCUGGCAGCGGCCUUCGUGUCCCUAAGCACACUAACAUCGCCGGCGACGCCGUUCAGGGUGGCGAUAUGUCCGGCCUCACUCCUCCCAGCCUGAGCCCCUCAUUCCACAGCGGUGCAAGCAGUGCUAACGGUGCAGGCCAGCCCCAGUACUGGAACAGCGCUGGUCAUGCUGCCAUGAGCUUCAAGGAGGAGGAUGAGUAUGGCAUGGAGAUGUAG